AUGCCGGCGGUGGAGCAAAUGGAGGAGAAUGUAAGUUCUUUUUAUUGGUAUUUUCAAGUUUUAGGUACUGUCAAGAGAGUUUGGCUUUAUUUUGAUGUGUUUAUUGGGUUUUAAAGGUAUAUUGUUUUAGGAGGAAAACGGUGUGCAGAAUGGAAACUCUCAAGAAACUUCGGAAAAACCUGAAAGUAAGAUAUUGUCUUUGAAUAUAAAAGCUUGUUUUACUUCUAAGCUUACUAUUUAUAGCAAGAAAUCUACUAAGUUAUGUUUGGAAACGAUGUUUGCUUUAUUUCUCUUAUGUUAUUUGUACUAUAACAUGAUAUUUUGAAAUUUUACAGCAAAAUAAUUGAAGGAAUAACUUAUUUUCAGUUAUAAAAUUUUCUUUAUACUCUGAUCUUACUCUUUAAAAUUAGAAACGUGUACAUUUAGGUCAAAACUUUUUUUUCUAGCUGUUUUUGACUACUGCUAGCUAUCAUAACUUAAUUUUGUUUUCAGGUCAGCUUUUCUUUGGAUCAGAUGACUCCUCAGAUGAAGAUAUGCAAGUUACUAUUGGUGAGAUCAAGAAGAACACACCGUUUCAAAAACAAACCGGUCCCGUGAGCAAGGUGGACAUGGAUGGUGAGCCAGAACACGAUGGCAAGAUAAUUUACGAUCUGGACCUGGCGGCGAUGGAAGAAAAGCCUUGGCAAAAGCCUGGUGCUGAUAUUACAGACUACUUUAAUUAUGGUUUUACCGAAGAAACGUGGAAUUUAUAUUGUGAACGGCAACGAAAGUUGAGGACGGAGUAUGGAAAUCAGAAGGACGUGAAUCGAACAAUAAUGUCGGGGAUUAGCUUGAAUUCAACACAGAUCAACAUCCCGAAUUUGAAUACGACAAGUGGAAGGCAUUUGGUUAACUUGGCCGGACCGGAUCGUCCUCAAAAGGCCAACAAAAUGAUUUAUGAUCUCAGCAAGCCCUCGGAGGUAACUUUUUUUGUUGUUCCUUAUGUUUUCAGGUAUAAGUAACUUUGAGAGAUGAAUAAAAAGCCGUGGAUCUUUACUCUACAUGAUUUAAAAGAUAUAAAGGGUCAAGAAGAGCGAGAUUUAUCAGUUUUUGAUCAGUUUUAGCGAUGUUAAUAUAGAAAAGUCGUGAAGCUGAUGGUUUUUGAAUUAAAAAUUGGAAUUUUAUAAAUACUUUAAUGCGUAUGUUGCGUAAUUUCAAAGGCUUAAAACGCUUUAAGAAUUAAUUCUUAUUAUUUACAGAACCUACCUAUUCUCACGGAUUCAGAACCGACCUCUCCAGAUGCCGGGCUAGGCUCAAUUCCUAUACUCAGUUUUAGCAAACCUUCAGAUUUUGCACCUUCAGUCAGCAGCUCAACAGUUUCUGUUCCAACUGAUGGGCCACCAGGUGUUGAUGGACCUCCAGGGGAUGAUACAAUAGCAUCGUUUGAUGCUUCUGUGCCUCCACCUUCUUUCAAUCCUAAUGUUCCGCCACCAAACAUGGGUGCUGGAGGUGGGUAUAAGUUUAUAUUUUUUUGUUUUCUUUAUAUUUAGGUUUCGGAGUACAAGUGUAUUAUGAUAUUAUGAUUACGUGGUAUUAUCAGGCUUGAAAAGGAUAUAAAACAUUAAUUAUGUUGCUUUAGGUAUGAUGAAUAUGCCUCCACCGAUCUUUAACGCUCCUCCAAUGCAUGUGUCGGCUGGAUUUGGGCAGAAUUCAAACCAGUUUAACAGCCGGCCAUCUCCAUUAAUGAACCGACAAUUCCAAGGCGGAUACGACGAAGAACGGCCGAGGUACAGCAGAAGAGACCGUGAUGAUAAUGAAGAUGAGGGAAGCAGAAGAAGCCGACGAAGAAGAAGUCGAAGCGGGUCACAAAAACGACGGAAAGAAGAACGUGAUCACGACAGAGAUCGGGACCGUGAUCGCGACCGUGAACGACGCUCGAAACGAACUCGCGACGACCGUGAACGACGUCGUUCUCGAGACCAUGACGAUUCAUACGAGAAGGAGAAGAAGCGCAGCAAAAAGCACGAACGUGAUCGUUCCAGAGAACGUUCGGAACGCUCAUCCCGACGACGUGAACAUGUUGAAGUCAAACGUGAGCUUUCGCCGGACGCACCACCCGGCAUGGACGAUUUACCUCCAGGCACUGAAUAA